ACUCUUUUGGAAUCACCUCGUUUUCUCGGUUCUGCUUCUAUUUGGUUUGCUGUCAUCAGGAGGAAUUCCUUGAGACUUUCCCCAAAAGGACCCUAUACUCCCCCCACAGGACUGCACUGUAAAGAGGUUUAGGGUGGUUUUUUUCCUUCAAAACUGUGGGGAAAAAUGAACGGCCCAGUAGAUUCAAGCCCACUCUUCAAUUGCUCAAAUCAAUCAAAUUUUGCUCUGGAAACGUCAGAGCAAUGUGGCAAAGAGACACACAUGGAGAACAUCCUUUUUGCCACUUUCUACUUCCUGGACUUCAUCCUGGCUUUUGCUGGCAAUGCCCUGGCUCUUUGGCUCUUCCUUCGGGACCAGAAGUCAGGCACACCCGCCAACAUUUUCCUGAUGCAUCUUGCUGUGGCUGACCUGUCCUUUGUGCUGGUACUUCCCACCCGGCUGGUGUACCAUUUUUCUGGUAACCACUGGCCAUUUGGUGAGAUCCCUUGCAGACUCACCGGCUUCCUUUUUUACCUCAACAUGUAUGCCAGCAUCUACUUCCUUAUGUGCAUCAGCAUCGACCGUUUCCUGGCCAUUGUGCACCCCGUGAAGUCCAUCAAGCUCCGCAGGUCCCGGUAUGCCCACGUGGCAUGUGCCUUUCUGUGGGUCAUUGUUGGGGUGGCAAUGGCACCUCUGCUGCUCAGUGUGCAGACAGUCCAGAUGGAAAACACAACCGUCUGCCUGCAGUUAUACAGAGAAAAGGCCUCACGUCACGCCCUCGUGUCCUUGGCAGUGGCGUUCACCUUCCCCUUUGUUACCACAGUGACUUGCUACUUACUCAUCAUCCGAAGCCUGAAGAGUGGGAACAGAGUUGAGAAACACCUGAAGGAAAAAGCUGUCAAAAUGAUCAUCAUGGUCCUGAUGAUCUUUCUGAUUUGCUUUGUACCUUAUCACGUCAAUCGCUACAUUUACAUUCUCCAUUACAACGGCACCAAAACUUCCUGUGAGACACAGCGAAUCCUGGCCCUCAGCAACCGUGUCACCUCCUGCCUCACCAGUCUCAACGGGGCCUUCGACCCAGUCAUGUAUUUUUUCGUAGCUGAGAAAUUCCGAGAGGCUUUGUGCAACCUGUUCUGCAUUAAAAAGACUGUAAUGCUGCCUCAAACAUACGAGGGUAAGACAAAUGAAAGCUCGCUAAGUGCUAAAUCUGAACUGUGAACGUGACUCUUGUCACUGCUUUGACUUAAGGACACUCACUUCCACCAAAAGCAGCUGAGAGCACAAAUAGCUGGUGAGACAGUCCACACAGAGUCAAACUCAGCCCGAGAAGGGAAGUUCUGUUGGUUUUGUGGGACUGCAAUUAGCAAGAACUCCUCUGACAACAGAGAUCACAUCUGCUUGUCUUACUGAAACUGCAAACAGAAGGACACUUCUACUGAUUUCCAAGAUGUGAAACUGAGGGUUGAGCACUUAGGAACAGGGAAAGGGGCAAAGAGGAAAAUGGACCUUUUUUUUUUUUUUUUCAAAGAACUUAAUCCCAAAGCACUCAGUAACGACUCUUCUGCACAAUGCAUACAGCCUUCUCUAAAAUUUCAUAUUGUGCCAGCAGUAGAGAUCCACUCCUGAGACAGACCUGCCUGAGGAGAAAACAACACCCUAGCACAUCUUGCCCAAGUCUCCAAAUUCAAAGCAUUUAUACAUAGUAGAGAGAAAACUGGUACUAAAUGGUGACAAGAAAAAAAAAAAACAAAAACCACCAAAUGCUGCAGUGAACCUAGCCUGGACUGGAAUUAAGACAGGCCUUACAAUGUGGGGGUUUUUAAUUUUUCCCACCAUUCAGAGCUGGAGAUGAGCACAAAACUUCUCACUACCUUCGCUAUCUGCACUCUGCCAUUGUCUCAAAGCUGCAGACAGAGGUUGGACAACAUUAAUACACUGUCUCUUUUAUGCAGUUCCCUGCAAAACCCCAGAUAUCCUGAUAACCCUCAAACUGAGGAGUGGAAAAGGGCUGUUUGGGAAUACAGCAUUCAUGUUUGCUACAUACUGAAUUGUAAAAAAUAUGAACCCAAAUGGCAGAAGUGAAGAAAAGUAAGUGCUUGAAGAAGUGAAGUCUACUUGGUCCAGAAGAGACUCGUAUCUUUAAAAUGGUUUUACAACUUUUUUGUGACUUAUCUAGCAAGACUAUUCCUUCCCUGUGGAUAACGCAGGGAUUAUCUUUAUUUUCACUAAUACAAACUGCAUCAUGUAGAAUAUGCUUGGAACUGACAAGCAGACUAGAGAAGACCAGGUACAAUAAGAAGGGUGAAAAAGAAUGCAACAGUUUCCAAUAAUAUUUACUAGAAGACUGCUUCAAUGCUAUGGAGAUAAAUAUUUUAGGAAAUCAUAUGAGAGGUGAAAUACAUUUUUAUAAGCUCUUUACCACCGUAGAUUCGGCCCACAAAUUAUGAAAUCAAACAUACUUUUAUCUUGCUUGAACUGCUUCAAUCCUAACUGCUUUCCCAAAACAUCUUAAGUGCUAUCCCAACAGCCCAUUCUAACAAGCUUAGGUGUCAAAGAAAAAUCAAUGAUGCCCAGCUCCAACUGGCACGAAGGCACAGCAGUUGCAUACAGAAUGGAAGGGAAGAGGGAGUUGAGAGGACUCCCUGCUGGACUGGAUACAAGUAUAUAACCUUUCCUUUCUUUCUUCACCAUUUAGCUAGUGAAAAUAUAAACUCUAGGAUAAACUACUAGGCUUUGCUCAUGACAUAUGAAAGCCUAAAUAAACUAUGAAUCGUGCACUGUCUGCUAACUGCUGGAUUGUUUUAUUUUCCUAUCAUGGAAUGGUUUUGUAUAAG